AUCAUGCACAGACCGGAGUACACAAGGAUCAACUUCGGUGACCCUGGAGUGAAGCGAGUGGAUUACACCACAAAGCAAAGAGGUGCUGCAUUUAAGGAAAGAAAGGAAAAUCCUUAUGAUUAUGAGAAGUACAUCACGGAUAGGAGGUUUUGGAGCAAAUUUCAAGCUGAUUGGUACAUAUCCGUCUUUAUUGAGAAGAAGAAUGCUAUCACCGUCUCCAAGUACAUCAAUUGGGAUGAAAUGAGUGAGAAAAAUAAUCCAACCUUUGACUUGGUCAUACGUGAAUGUGAGAGGAAACACCUCUAUGAAUUCUUGGCCCUCAAUGAAAAUUGGAACAAUGAGUUGGUUGCUCAAUUUUGCUCCACUGCUUGGUUUGAAGGUGAGGGCAAGAAUUCCUUUAUUCACUUCAAUCUUCAAGGGCGCGCCUUCUGGGUUUCAUACAAGCAAUUUGCUACUAUCCUUAAGCUUGAUGACACUCUAGAUGAGAUGGAAAUUCACGAUGACAUCAAUCCAACGGAUGAAGCUCUUAUGACUCUCUAUCGGGAUGAGGAUCCGGAUAUAGCGACGACUCAUGGACUACGUCCAUAUAUGGAGAUCAUGAACAGGAUAUUCCGGGAGACCUUGACUCCCAAGAGGGGUGAUCGCACCAAGAUUCAUGGUACGGUCAAGAACCUUCUUCUAGCUAUGGACUUUGAUCACCCGCCCUUCAGUGUCUUUCACUUUUUCUGGACGGAGUUGAGGUACAUGCUCCAUCAUGGCAGUAAUCCAGUUAUCUAUGCUCCAUACAUUCAAAGGAUGAUUAAUGCCGUGACUGGAAUGGAGUUUGGAUAUGAUGCGGUCCAUGCCCCAUAUUGCCCACAGCCUCCCAAGGAGCAAGAGUUUCCACCAGAGGGCGAGUCUCCCCCAUCAGCUCACUCUCCACCCCAGCCCACUAUGGAUAUGCCCUCCACCUCGGCGAUGCCUUCCUCUUCUAGGACUCGUCCUCGCAGGAAAGGCAAUGCCUUUAUUUCUGGCUUGAAAGCUCUCUUCAAAGUAUGCCGCAACACCAACGAUGUAGUUCGUGCUCACGCUCGGGCAAAUCAGCAGAGUAUCAACAGGAUUGAGCGCCACCUUGGCAUUGAGGAGACGGAUUGGCCCUCAUUUCCGCCUUCUCCUCCUAGGGACUUUCCAGCUGCGUGGGAGCAUUAUGAUGUAGGUGAUGAUGAUGAUGAUGAUGAGGAGGAGGAGGAGCAGGCGCUCCCGGAGGAGGAGGAGCAGGCGCUCCCGGAGGGGAGGACGAGCAGGCGGACCAGGUGGUCCACCAGGAGGGGCCAGGGGACGACGAGCAGGCAGACGAGGAGGGCAUGGAGGCCUCUGCUUCGUCAACCGUCUACCAGCGAGGUCCGGCGAGUCUCCCCCAGCGACCGAUUCCUGAAGCAAAACGCCCGAUCAUAGCUCCCCAAGGGGAUAAGAACUGGAUAGUUGUGGAGAGGCCCGUUGGUGCUCACAGACGCCAUGUGAAUGGCAUCUUGGGUCUUCUGGUUAGGGAUCACUUCCCUGGCCUGGUCACGUUGGCCGGAG